AUAACAACUAAUUUCAUUCCCACCUUAGUCAAUCUUUUAUUACAAUGCAAUUCUCCUACGUUUUAGCUGCUGCUGCUGCCGUUGCCGGUGUCGUCGCUGAUGCCUCUUCCUCUUCCGGUGGUUCUUCUUCCAACGCCGUUGUCAUCACCAAGACCGUCGUUACCUCCACCUUGGUUACCAUCACCGACUCCGAAUGUCCAGAAGAAGGUACUUCUUGUCCAUUGCACGCUACCACCAAGGUUGUUCCAGUCACCACUGUUAGCGUUGUUAACGUUUCCAACGUUACCACCAAGGCCCCAGGUGUUUCCACCUACGAAGCUGCUGGUGUUAAGCCAUUAGCUGCUGGUGCCGUUGCUUUAGCUGCUGGUGCUUUGUUAGCUUUAUAAGCGCAUUAGUCUAGAAUUACUGUGUAUUUUUAGUGUGUAUAUUAUUAAUCUAACAAUUUUUU